GCCUGGGGUAUAGCUUCUUGUGGAGGAAAUGAUGGCGUCGUCGGCAGCCCGCUGUUCCUCACGCUGGAUUACAGUUUUCGUGUCCUCUGGACGACGCAGGGCCGCCGGUGCGGUUGUCUGCGCCGGGCACGGAGGAGCUCGCAGUGUGUCGACCCUGGGAGGGCAGAAACUGUGGCGGGGAGGGAACCUGAUGUGUGGAGGAGCCGGGAAAGCGUUGACAUUGAGAGGACUGUCAGCUCUCAAAUCCCCACAUGCUGUCGGCACUCUGUCCUUUCACACAAGUGCCCCCGCUAGCAGCAAGCAGGACUUCUACCAGGUCCUGGGCGUACCCCGCUCAGCAACCCAGAAAGAGAUCAAGAAAGCCUACUACCAGAUGGCCAAAAAGUAUCAUCCUGACACCAACAAAGAAGACCCUCAAGCCAAGGAAAAAUUUGCUCAGCUGGCUGAAGCUUAUGAGAUCCUUAGUGAUGAAGGAAAGAGGAAGCAGUACGAUACAUAUGGCUCGGCAGGCUUCGACGCUGGUCAGGCCGGCGGAGGGCAGCAGUACUGGUCAGGGCAAGCCCAGAACGUAGACCCAGAGGAGCUCUUCCGGAAGAUCUUUGGGGAAUUUUCUGGAGGCAGAGGCUUUGGAGACUUCAACGCCAUUUUUGAUCAGCCACAGGAGUACUUCAUGGAGCUGACAUUUACUCAGGCAGCAAAAGGGGUCAACAAAGAGAUGUCUGUUAACAUCGAAGCAGCCUGCCAGCGCUGUGAUGGAAAAGGCCACGAGCCCGGCACCAAGGUCGAGCACUGCCACCACUGCAACGGCUCGGGCAUGGAGACGGUGAACACGGGCCCGUUUGUGAUGCGCUCCACAUGUCGUCGCUGUGGCGGCAAAGGCACAGUCAUCUCCUCCCCCUGUCACUCCUGCCGCGGGACGGGACAGACCAAGCAGAAGAAGACUGUGAUGGUCCCUGUGCCUGCAGGCGUGGAGGAUGGUCAGACAGUCAGAAUGCCAGUCGGUAAGAAGGAGGUCUUCAUCACAUUUAGGGUCCAAAAAAGUCCAGUGUUCAGGCGGGAAGGCGCAGACAUCCACUCUGACCUUUUAAUCUCUGUGGCACAAGCUAUCCUGGGCGGCACGGCCCGGGCACAGGGCCUCUAUGAAACACUAAAUUUAUCAAUCCCUGCAGGCAUCCAGACUGACCAGAGGAUACGUCUGGGGGGGAAGGGAAUCGCCCGUGUCACUGGCUAUGGCUUUGGAGAUCAUUAUGUGCAUGUCAAAAUUAAAGUACCCAAGACACUCACAGACAGACAAAGAAGUCUGCUCAUGAGCUACGCUGAGGACGAGACGGACGUGGAGGGGACGGUGAACGGGGUCACAGCCACCACUACAGGUAAAAGAUCAUCCUGGAACUGAGAAGCUUCGUUAGUAGGCAUAAGGGAGGACAGAGUGAAUCAAGAAGCAGCCACUUUAUGAAGCGACAGGCGGUAAGAGGAGUGUUUGGAGGAGGCUUGCAAAAGGUUCUGGUUGGAUCAGUGAGGACCUAACUACCCACACAGCCCUGCAGUGAACAAGGCACAACAUAACCUGCUCCGUGAAUCCACAUAUAUGAGGACUUUUCCAGGCGUGCCAGUCACUUCUCCGUCAACAAAGACUUCUAUCAUUUAACGUAGCAGUAAGUGCAUGAUGGUUUUCUGUCAAUCCUGAAAGAAAAACAGAAUCCAAAGUGCUCAGAAAUUAAUUAUUGUAUGAAAAAAAAGACUACAAAUGGAUACAGUCAACAGUUCUAUCCGGGAUUAAAUGAAUCCCUUCCAGUCAUCAAUCCUUUUUUGGUUCUGUAUGUUUUGGUUGUUUUCUUUCCCUCCAAUGGACGCUGCUUACAGGUUGAACAUCACCGGAGAACAUGUUUACCUCUCUGUGUAGCUGUUACAGAUUAAAUCUGCCUCUGUGGAGGAUAGUGUGACUCCCGUCUUCGAGGACUGAACUGUGUGAAGUUAACAUUCUUGACGCUGUCCUUCCUUUAGCUCCUUUGCAUUGUGCACCUUCAUCAUAUUUGUACAUAGACACCUGUGGAUCAUCUGACUUUAUCAAUCUGUCACAUAUACUGUACAUCGAUAAUAAAACUAUGGUCUGCCAAAAUCCAUUGUUUUAAUAUAAAUCUCUGUGGAGGAAGCAGAAUACUCAGACUUCAUCUAGGGCUAACUAUAUUAUACAUUUUCUAGAUUUAUUCAUGGGUGUCUGUUUGUACCUUUAUGGGAGAGACAAGACAGUGGAUAGUUUAAGAGUGGGAAAAGGAACCACAGGUCAGAUUUGAACCCAGGCUGUCCGCUUGAAGGUCUAUGGCCUCUAUACAAUGGGCGUGCAAACUAACACUCAGCCACAGGCGCCCCAAAUGUUUCUAUAUAUUUUGUUCACCAAUGAUCCAUAAUAAACUGAAAGCUAAAAAACAAACUGCUGCCAACAAACUCAUAAGAUUUUAACACACAGAGGUAAAGUAGUCUUUUUUUUUUUCGUCAUUGGGUUAUCUCAGAAACUAGCCUGUGUUUUUCAUUUUCAAUAAAAAUAAUGUUCCUGUCACAUUCUUUCUACAA